UCUUCUCUCUGUCUUUUCCUCUGUCCCUCUCUCUUCCUCUACCUUUAUCCCUUGUCUUUAGUCCCCCCCCCCCCUCCCAUCCCACAACAAACAUGGAUCUCUCUGCAAGAUGUUUGUUUCUUAUAUCCUGUCUCAACGUGAUAUUAGCGAUGCAUUUGGACGCAGUUGAUCCGGGCUACUAUGUGGAGCCCACUGCCACAUCAGAGGCGAUCGACUACAAGGAUCCCUGUAAAGCUGCUGCCUUUCUGGGAGACAUUGCUUUGGACGAAGAGGACCUGAAAUCUUUUAAAGUGGACCGAAUUAUAGAUUUGGCUCAGAGAACCGUCCAGACCAUUAAUCACACAGAUACAGAUUCAGCCGGUGGCGCAGAUCCAACCAGACAUGGCGCUCAGCGCAGGAGAAGGGCUGCCACGUCCAGGCCUGAGCGCGUCUGGCCUGAAGGGGUCAUCCCUUAUGUCAUCAGUGGCAAUUUCAGUGGCAGCCAGCGGGCUAUUUUCCGCCAAGCUAUGCGGCACUGGGAGAAGCACACCUGUGUGACCUUUAUAGAAAGGACCCAGGAGGAGAGCUAUAUUGUCUUCACCUAUCGGCCAUGCGGAUGCUGUUCAUACGUGGGACGCCGAGGAGGAGGCCCCCAGGCUAUAUCCAUCGGUAAAAACUGUGACAAAUUUGGCAUCGUGGUGCACGAGCUGGGACAUGUGAUCGGCUUCUGGCACGAACACACACGGCCUGAUAGAGACGAGCACGUCAGCAUCAUCAGGGACAACAUCCAGCCAGGACAGGAGUAUAACUUUUUAAAGAUGGAGCCAGGGGAGGUGGACUCUUUGGGAGAAGUCUAUGACUUUGAUAGCAUCAUGCAUUAUGCUAGGAAUACAUUUUCCAGAGGCAUCUUCCUGGACACCAUCCUGCCACGCUACGAUGUAAACGGAGUACGACCACCCAUUGGCCAGAGAACCCGACUUAGCAAGGGGGAUAUUGCACAGGCACGCAAACUCUACAAAUGCUCCAAAUGUGGGGACAGUCUGCAGGAAAGCAGCGGGAACUUCUCCUCCCCUGGCUUCCCUAACGGAUACUCGGCCUACAUGCACUGCAUCUGGAGAAUAUCAGUCACACCAGGGGAAAAGAUCAUCUUGAACUUCACCUCCAUGGAUCUGUACAGGAGUCACCUAUGUUGGUACGAUCAUGUGGAGAUCCGCGAUGGAUACUGGAGGAAGGCUCCACUAAAAGGUCGUUUCUGUGGUGACAAGCUGCCUGAGCCAAUCAUCUCCACCGACAGCCGAUUGUGGAUCGAGUUCCGCAGCAGCAGUAACUGGGUCGGGAAAGGUUUCUCCGCCGUCUACGAGGCCAUCUGUGGUGGUGAAGUGAAAAGGGACAAUGGACAGAUUCAGUCCCCAAACUACCCUGACGACUACAGGCCCAAUAAAGUGUGCAUUUGGAAGAUUUCUGUUUCUCAGGGUUUCCACGUAGGCCUUACCUUCCAGUCUUUUGAGAUUGAAAGACAUGACAGCUGUGCAUAUGACUACUUAGAGGUGCGUGACGGCCUCUCUGAAAGCAGCCCCUUGCUGGGCCGCUUCUGUGGAUACGAAAAGCCAGAUGACAUCAAAACGAGCUCCAACCAUCUGUGGAUGAAAUUUGUUUCAGAUGGCUCCGUCAACAAAGCCGGCUUUGCGGCCAAUUUCUUCAAAGAGACGGACGAGUGCUCCAAACCGGACAACGGUCGCUGUGAGCAACGCUGUGUCAACACUCUAGGCAGCUACAAGUGUGCCUGUGACCCAGGGUAUGAGCUGGCUGCUGACAAGCGCAGCUGUGAGGCUGCCUGUGGAGGAUUUAUUACCAAGCUGAACGGCUCAAUCACCAGCCCGGGGUGGCCCAGGGAGUAUCCCCCAAGCAAAAACUGCAUCUGGCAGCUGGUGGCCCCAACGCAAUACCGCAUCACUCUGCUCUUUGACGUCUUCGAGACUGAGGGCAAUGAUGUUUGUAAGUACGACUACGUAGAGGUACGCAGUGGGCUUUCUGCAGAUUCGAGGCUGCAUGGGAAGUUCUGUGGAGCAGAAAAACCAGAAGCUAUCACUUCUCAGUAUAACAACAUGCGUAUAGAGUUUAAAUCAGACAACACGGUCUCCAAAAAGGGCUUCAAAGCCCAGUUCUUUUCAGAUAAGGAUGAGUGCUCUAAGGAGAAUGGUGGAUGCCAGCAUGAGUGUGUCAACACCUUUGGAAGCUACAGCUGUCAGUGUAGGAGCGGCUUUGUGCUGCAUGAGAACAAACAUGACUGUAAAGAAGCUGGCUGUGAUCACACUGUGAAUAGUGUGAGCGGUAUUAUUACCAGCCCUAACUGGCCAGAUAAAUACCCCAGCAAGAAAGCGUGCACCUGGGCACUCACCACUACUCCAGGCCACCGCAUCAAAAUAGCCUUUAAUGAGCUGGACAUGGAGGCCCACCUAGAAUGUGCAUAUGACCACAUUGAGAUAUACGACGGGCGAGAUGCAAAAGCCACCUCCUUGGGUCGCUUCUGUGGCUCCAAGAAACCCCCACCCAUCAUAUCAAGUAGCAACAAGCUGUUCCUCCGUUUCUUCUCUGACAACUCUGUGCAGAAAAAAGGUUUUGAGGCUACUCAUUCAGCAGAAUGUGGAGGUCGUCUAAAGGCCGAAGUCAAAACCAAGGAUCUGUUUUCCCAUGCCCAGUUUGGGGACAAUAACUAUCCCGGAGCGUCUGACUGUCAGUGGGUGAUUUCUGCAGAGAAAGGUUAUGGUGUGGAGCUCAUCUUCCAGACUUUUGAGAUAGAGGAGGAGGCAGACUGCGGCUAUGACUAUAUGGAGCUCUUUGAUGGAGCGGACACCAAGUCUCCUCGACUCGGACGCUACUGUGGCUCAGGGCCCCCAGAGGAGAUCUACUCGGCCGGUGAUUCCAUUGUCAUCAAGUUCCACUCUGACGACACCAUCAACAAGAAAGGCUUUCACGUCCGCUACACCAGUACCAAGUUCCAAGACACACUGCACUCACGCAAGUGACCAGCGGGGGCCGGAAGGGUCCGUGCAGGGCACAGGGGCAAAAGGAGGGGCCCCCGGGAGAGGCGCCAGCCUGUCGCUCGGAAACCUUCGGCCACCAAGACGAAUCAGACUCGACAGAACAGCCGCAAGACCACCAACCGCACCUCAGCACCCAGGGGCUCUAGCUCCCCCCACAGACUGUGAGGAGUAAAGCCAUUCUACACUACACCUUGUUUUUACCUUUUUAUGGUUAGGGUUGGGGUGAGAGGACGGACAUCCAUUUUAGGCAGACAGUGGGGGAAAAUGUAUUGACCCACUCCCCUUAAAAAAUGUUGUUUUUUUUGUGUGUGUUCCUCUUCUUCAUUUUU